AUGAAUAUAUCAGUCGAUCUCAAAGACACUUCUAGAUUCAGAACUACUGCAAAGAAGAAGAAAGCAGCUGCAAAAAAGCCGACCCCAGCAAAUGAUUCUUGGGCGGAUGAAAACUCAAAGGAAGGAUCUGGUGCUGGCAAGGAGGAGAAUCAAGGAGAUGGUGCCAAUGGUGGCGAAGGAGGAGGAGAUCCCGGCGGCGCUGGCGGUUCUGGUGGCGGUGAUGAUCCUGGAGGGAAUGAAGACAAAGGAGGAGGCGAAGGCGACGGGGAUCAGUCCAGCGGAAAGAAAAAGAAGAAGAAGAAAGGCAAGAAAGAUGAUGAGGAAGAGGAGAAGAAGAAACGGGAAGAGGAGGAGGAGAAGAAACGACUAGAGGAAGAAGAGAAGAAGAGGCUGGAGGAAGAAGAGGAGAAGAAGAGAUUAGAAGAAGAGGAAAAGAAACGGCUGGAGGAAGAGAAUAAGGCAAAGGCUGGUGCUGAUAUUUCUUGGGCGGACGAUACUAACCCCGAAGAUUGGGGCUUUCCAGGUGCAACCACAUCGAAGAAGAAAAAGAAAAAGAACAAGGGGGCGACUGAGCUUUCCCCGGCUGAUCCACCACCCACUACGUUUCAGGACGUCAGUUUGGACGACGGCGGUGCAACGCCGCAUAUUAACAUGUCCUUUGGCGGAGAUGAUACAAAGGCGUCUACGGGAUUCGGUUUUGGUGUCUGGGGGACUGACUGGGCUACCGGCGGCAAACUUGAUCUCGGGGCCAGUGGUGAUGGGAAAAACGAUAGUUUGAAUCCAUGGGGUGGCACUGGUAAGAACAAGCAGAAUACCAGCGGGCUCGAUUUCAGUUUCGGUUCGGCUGGCAUCGACGACAAGCCUGCCAAUACUACAGCUGCAAAGGAGCCCGAAGACCCCUGGCCGAGUGCUACAGCUGGGAAGGGCAAAAAGAAGAAGAAGGACUCGAUCGGGUUUGGUUCGACUCCAGCUGAAACUGAGGAGAAAGUGCCCGAGACCGAAGAUUGGAAUGAGUUUUCUGGCUCUACGUCAAAGAAGAACAAGAAGAAGACAACAUCCGCCUGGGGGGCUAUUGAUGAACCAAGCAACGACGGUGUCGAUUUCUUCGCUGAUUUGGGCAAAAAUGACGAGGCAGCCGAACCUGAACCUGCUCCCGAGCCUCCCGUUGAAGAGCAACCGGCAGAAGAAACCCCGGCGCCUACAAAGAAAGAUAAGAAGAAGAAAAAGAAGAAAGCUGGAGCAGUUGAGCCUGAGCCCGAGCCCGAGCCCGAGCCUGAACCUGCCCUGGAACCUGUAAAGGAAGAAUCACCAGUUGAGGAAAAGCCGGGGGAGAAUCGGGAAGAUUUUGGCGGUGCUACCACAACAUCCAAGAAAGGCAAGAAAAAGAAGAAAGAUGAUAUUGUGGAUGGCCUAGUACCGGAGCCUCAAUCUGAACUGCCAAAGGAAGAAAAGCCUGUAGAGGUAGUAGAUGAAUCUUGGGCUAAUGUCCCGGCCCUGUCUAGCAAGGAAAAGAAGAAAAAGAAAAAGAGCGCCGCAGCAGCAGAGACGGUCACAGGGGUUAAACCCGAGCCUGAACCGGUCGUAGAAGCUCCUCUGGAAGAAAAACAAGUGGGGGGCGGCUUCUGGGACUCACUGGCCAUUCCAUCUUCGACUAAAAGGGAUAAGAAGAAGAAAAACGAGGUGGUAACAGCGCCGGUAAUUCCUGAGCCUGAGCCUAAGCCUGCUGUGGUUGAACCAGAGCCCGUUGAGGAAGAGGGGCCGAUUGAACCUACAGGAUGGGGAUUCGGCCUUCCUAAUUCCAACAAAAAGAAGAAAAAGAAGAGUGCUGCUACUGAUCCGCCUCCCCCUCCGCCGCCACCUCCAGAACCAGAGCCUGAGCCUAUUGUUGAACCAGUGGAGGAAAUUAAGGAAGAACAACCAGCAGAGACUUUCUGGGGGUUCACUACAAAGAAGGAUAAGAAGAAAAAGAAGAAUGAACUGGAGCCUGCGCCUGUUGAGCCUGAGAAGCCCAAGGAUCUCUUUGAUAAUGAUGAUUCUUGGUGCAAUGAAUUUGAUCAGGACAAGGAGUUGAAGAGUGCAGGCGCCGACCUGCUUGAUGACGGGCCCAAGGUUGACGAUUCAACAUGGAUGGGGCUUACGUCUUCGAAAAACAAGAAGAAAAAGGGCAAAACUACAGCUGACACGGUGACACCAGGGGCGUUUGAUUUUGGCGAUGAUCCUGCUCUAGAGGCUACCGGUGGAGCUGAUGAAGUCAGUUGGUUCGGCCUGGGCAAGAAGAAGUCUAGUAAAACGGAUGAUCCGUUCGAAAUACCUGAAUUUGUCGAUGAGGUUGUUGAAGAUACUGUCCCGAAAGAGGAAGAGAAGAAGCCCGUGAAAGAAACGAAGUUAUCAAAGAAGGAGAAAAAGAAGAAAGCCGCAGCAGCAGCUGACCCAGCACCGGAGGUGCCAGCAGCUGAGGAACUGCCCAAAGUUGACUUCUUCGAAGACACCAAGGAGGAGCCCGACUUGCUGGCUUCCCCGCCUGUUGAUGGCUUUGAUAGUUGGGGUACCCGAGUAACAACCAGUAAGAAGAAGGAUAAGAAAAAGAACGGUGCUGCUGCGGUUCUUCCUAACCCGGAGCCAGAACUUGCACCGGUCGUUGAGCCGGUCGAAGCGACUGACGUGGGUUUUGGCUGGGGUACCGGUGGCACGACAGCCAAGUCAAAGAAGGGGAGGAAAGGAAGUGCCGCCGAGGAAAAUAUAGCUAGUAAGGCACUAGAGAAGGACCCAUUCGCACUGGACGACAUUAUCGACCAACCAGCUACUGACACAAAGAAAAAGAAGAAGAAGGGUCAAAAGUCAACUAUAGAAGUUGUACCGAACGCUGACCCAGAGCCAGAGCCGGAGCCAGAACCAGAGCCAGUACUAGAACCAGAACCAGAGCCAGAGCCAGAGCCAGAGCCAGAGCCAGAGCCAGAGCCAGCUCAACCUUCAUCAUGGAGUCUUUGGGGUUCCUCAAAGCCUACAAAGGAGAAGAAAUCAAAGUCAAGUAAAGCUGCUACUGAGACGAUAGAAGAAACCGAUAAAGCAGCUAAAGGCAAGAAGGGUAAAAAGGCUACUGAAGAGGUCAUCGAUGUGCUCCCUCAGGACGAGGGCGUUGGCUCAGGAGAGCUGGUCCCCGUCCCCAAGGUGGCGGACGAGGGUACCUGGGACAUCUGGGGAACGAUCACCAACAGCAAGAAGAAGGGCAAAAAGGGCGCCAGCGAACUGCCGCCGCCUGCGCCUACACCCCCGGAAUUCCCGCCUGAACAUGGAGGUGAUGACAUCACCAAUACGUGGGACGAUAUUACUGCACCCUGGCCGAGCUCGAUGAAGAAGGGUUCCCUUUCGCGAACGACUACGUCAACAUCAAAGGCAUCUCAUGUUGAGGAGAGCAAGUUAAGUAAAACCAAGGGCAAGGGACUGGAGGUCGUUGACGUAUCCGAAAAUCCCAUCCUUGAGACUCCGAUCGAGGACGUGUCAGCUUCAAAUGCUGCCAAAGGAUACUGGAGCAGCUUUGGGCUGGCUUCGGGUGGGAAAGCAGUAGAUGGAGCAGACGACCUGCUAGAUCUGGUUGACGAAGAAGAGCCCAAACCCGCUAGUAAACCGACUAGUAAGGCAGACAAGGCCAGCGCCAAAUCCUCGAAGAAGGAUUCCAAAAAGGAGAAAGACGCCAAAAAGGAGGCCAAAAAGAAGAAGGUUGAUGUAGCAAAGGAGGAAGAAAAGGAGGACGAAGGUUGGCUUGAUGCGGCUAGCGCGCCUACAGCUGACAAAGCGACCAAGCAACCAACUUCGGCUGCGGCGACGACGUCUGCGCCCAAAGCACCAGGCAAGGCGUCCGUCGCAGAGCGCAUCAAGCAGCUGGAGCAGAGCAGAAAAACAGAAAAAGAGGAUACAAAGGCCAAGGAGUCGUCAAAGUCCAAGGAAAAGCCCAAACCUGAACCUCCCGCGCCCGCCGAGCCAGUUCCUGAGCCAGAGGUAUUAGAGCCGGUAGAGGACCUGUCAACCAAGCCCGCAAAACCUUCGAAGAAAGACGCUGCUGCUUCCAAGACCAAGUCAACCUCCAAAACCAAGUCGAAAUCAAAAUCCAAGGCAGACAAAGGAGAGGUUCUCGACGUUGUCGAGCCUCCAGUGGCAGCUAAAGAGCCAACUCCACGUGACUCUGUACCUGGAAGCUUCCCAGGUGCAUUCGACGACCUGGCUGAUAUCGACGAGCCAGAGGCUCCAGAGCCAAUCAAGAUGGCGGAAGAAGAAGAAGAAGCCGUAGAGGCACCGCCACCGCCCCCUCCCGAGCCAGAAGUGGUCGAGGUGAGAGAGCUUCCUUCGGAACCAGACGCCGCCUCGUUACAGCGUCCAUCAACGGCCAAAGCAGACGGCGAUGGGGCUGAUACCAUGCCGGCCUCCACACCAAAAAAGGGUGCCAAGAAGGAACGAGCCAGGAUUGAUCGGACUGCCGGAGCCGCGUCCUGGGCUCUUUGGGGGGCUGCUGGAGCAUCAGGGCCUGCUCCAAAGAAAUCAUCUAAAAAGGAGCCCAAGUCCAAGGAUACUGGUGAGCCACCCGUUAUUAAAAAGGAUAAAGAAAGGCCAUCUGGGCUGAGCAGAUCCAAAUCCUCAGCUACCAAAAGAGAGAAGGUCUCAAGUUUGGGUGCAGAGGUGGAGAAAUCAUCGGGCUCAGAUAAGGAUAGGCGCCCGUCUCGACCUUCCAAGCACAGCCGUGGUAUGAGUUUCCCAUUUAUGCUUUCUGGCCCACCGCCUACUAGGUCCAAGAGCACGAAGCGGGCUUCUGCAUCGAAACCCACCUCGAGACGACACUCUAUAGAGAUUGACGACUCUGGCCUCUUAACCCCUCGUGAAAGUCCGGAUAUUCCAGAGAAGGCUGCUAAGACGAUGGGCGUGGAGUCGUCCAAGCGCGUGAAGCGCAGCUCAAGCCACAAAAAGCGAUCAGGUCCCCGCGAUCCAUAUGCACUUGAUGAUGACAUCGACAUGUUGAGCCCAGACGAUGGUUUGGUCUCGCCUCCUGGUAGAUCCUUAAGAGACCAAGAACAUAGGCGCAAGUCAAGGAAAGAGUCUAAGAAACACAAUAGUGAUCCAGCUUUAUCUCCUCCAGGACCUGAAAUGCCGAUGGGUAGAGACGACUUUGGAAUCAACCAUCCCUCUCCUAGAGAACCCGCACCAUUACGUCGCGCUAACACAUCGCCAAAACGGCCUGAAGGGCUAUUCGGAUUCUUGUCCCUUCGAAAGCCUGCCCCUCGAGCUCCAGAGGUUCGGGAGCGCCCCAAGUCUCGCUCUCGUCAUGAAUCCUCAAGAAGGGACACGGACAGAGAAAAGGAUGAUUCUAAACGCCGAAAGAGAUCUGUAAGACCCGACACAGAUGGCGAAGGUUUCACCACUGAUGCCAUGAGAACUGGCAACAACAGCCCCACUGAAGAGGCUGAGGCACGAAGGGCGAAACGCAAGGCCGAGAGAGCGAGGUUGCGUGAAGAGAGAGACGAGAAGGCUCGUGAAAUUGAACGUGAAGGUCGUCGAUACAAGCGACACGCUAGAGAAAUGGAGGAUGUCCUUCAUGAAUCUAAGCGCGACAAGAAAGCGGACCGUCGCUCACGUUCAGAGAGACCACCAAAGGACCCUCUUUCACCUACUGAAGGCCGUCGUCAUCGCUCUCAUCGUACCGACGAUGAAGGCGGGAAGCCCAGACGCCGUAAGUCCUCUCCCGACAACCAUCGACCUCGACGCGAGAAAUCAUCUCGUCAUGAUCAUGCCGUCCCAUACCCGGUUAUGGUAAAUGGGGGCAAGGAUAAAACCUCUUCUUGGGUGAAGUCUCAAAUAUCCGAUCCUCCUGAAGCGCCUCCCAUUGUUGCGACGGUCGUAGACAUGCCUAAUCCGGCGCGUGAACCUCAAAACGCCUCUUUGUCGUCGGAUGAAGAGGCACGAAGGGCAAUCCAUCGUCGCUCACGCAGGAAAUCCCGUGCUGUUGAUGCGAUGGAUGUGGAUGUUGAUAGACGGCCUCGAAGACGUGAGUCUCGUCGAGAGGGUCGUGAUCCAGUCCGAAGCAAUGAAAGCAGUGGUGAUAUGGAUAACCGCUACGGAGGUAUGAAUCCAAAGAGGACCAGCUGGUUUAAGAAACUUACCAGCGGCUUCUAA